AUAUUUUUUCUGUUUGUUUCAAUGUUGCUUCGAUCGGGUUAUAAAAUUACCCAAGAGUAAAGAAAGUGAACGAGAACGAGAACGAGAGUGAGUAAGUGGGAAUGAUCCUCACAACAGCCAGCAUCAUAAUAAUUCUCACAGAAAUUCAGUCCUUUUAUGGGUAUUCAGGUCGAGGAAGUCCGUAGUCAUGGUGCGAGUGAUCAAACAGGAGACUUACGACGAAGUCGUCAAAGAAAAUAUCCAGGAAUUAUCAAUGUCUCCUGAAGAAGCUAUUGAAGAUGCCAUCAAACAAUUUGAAGCUCAAGGUAUAGAUCUGUCGAAUAUAAUAAAAGACUUAGCGCUCAAUGACAACUCGAAUGUGAUAAAAACUUGCCUAGAAAAGUUAUCAUCUGCCUCAGAAGAAAAAACCUACAAAGACGUCACACGUGUUCUAGAAACUCUCAAGACUGAAUUAGAUAAAGACAUUGCCCGGCGCGUUUUUGCAGGCAAAGAAAACGCUUACUCAAUUUUACUUGCCUUGAUAAAAGACACCAAGGAUGACGUCAGUGUCCUCAAACCAGCUUUGAAAGCCAUGACUUCAUUGAUGACCGGUAACCCGGAUUUGCUGGAUGCCGAUGGAAUAGACCUUCAGAUGCAGAUUUUGGACACUCAGACUGAUGUUUCCUGUGUUCAGAAUCUCUUACGAUGGAUCAAAGAGUGCUGCAUUAAGCACGAAAUGAACAGACAGCGACUUGUCGAGGCUCAAAUAAUCGAUAGACUUAUUCGUCUCUUGAAAAAAGAAGACAAGACGAGCUCUGAGUUGAGGGAUAUAUGUAAUGUCAUUCGUGCGCUGGUUCUCGAUGAUGACCUUAGACUAGAAUUUGGAAAAGCUCAUGAGCAUGCCAGUCUACUAGCUCGAGCAUCCAUCGGUAUCUUGACGAAUUUACUGUCAGAAUUCAAAGACGACGAAGCGGUGGUAGGUGACUUGAUGGCCACGCUGGCAAGUCUAGUCGUGAGAAAUGAAUUUUGUCAGGAGGUUGAGGACGCCGGUGGUCUUACUUUCAUUUUAGACGUUAUGAUAAACCACGCGGACACUGAGAAACUCAAUGGACAGGCGCUUAAAUUGCUGAGCGCACUUGCUGGUAACGACAACGUUAAAAGCCACAUCGUGACCUGCGGCAGUUGUCCGCUUAUCGUGUCCGCGAUCAGCAGGUUCAAGAGUUCAGAGAGUGUCGUUGCUGCAGGUUUCGCAUGCAUAUCAGCCCUGACUCUCCGCAGCUCUUCUAACGCCGGAGUUUUUUAUGACUGCGGUGCACCUGUCGUGAUACUGGACGCGAUGAAACAGUUUCCCAAGAGCCAGAAAACUCUGAGACAGGCUUGUCGAGCUAUCAGGAACAUGGCUGUGAAAAACAGAGCCGAGUCCCGAGAGUUUCUGGCCUACGGUGUCGAGUCUCUCCUCACUGAAGCCAUAAAACUCCACGGGCCCGCGGUUGAGGCAGAAGCCAAAGCUGCGCUCAGAGACUUGGGGCUGAAAGUUGACCUUAAAGAACAGUGGACGGGUAAAGGUAUUUCUAUGAAAAACUAAUAUAUGAUAUGCUCAGAUUUUAUUGUUCAUUUAAAACGCUUUUGUCUUUUACAAUUUAAAAAUAUAAGCUGAUUAAUUUUUUUAAAGCUUUAAAUUUUUAUACUUAGAUAUGAAAAAUAUUUUUAAAAUUAUUAAAGGCUCAAUUGCAAGAUAAAAAAU